AUGGCGGGUGCACUUAAUAACUCUGCCGCAUUGAUUAGAGUGCCGGAAAAACCAUUAGGCAAACAAGGCACGUGCAUUAGGGCAAAAAAUAGACUAGGGCCACAAAAAGUAGGCUUAGGAAGGGGCAAAAAAGUAGAAGCAUUUUCUCGUCAGAAGCGUAAAGGUGGCUGGGAACGAGAAAAAGUGUUGGAAAAGAAGAAACGUCAUGAAGAUGGACUGCUGCUUAACAAGACACAUAAAGUUACUUCAUUUUUCCCUGUCCUGGAGAAGAAUGCUACUAGUGCUAGUGAAUGUGGUGGUGCCGGUGCCAGGGGUGGUGCCACUACUACUGACGAUUCCCCGCUAACAUCUCAUUCUCAGCCAUCAUCAACAAAUAACACAGCAUCCAAGAAGAACUUGUGA